AUGUUUAGACUUGUAAAUUUGUUGAAAACUGUCAUCAGGAGAUAUUCCAAUAAUAAUAAUGUUACAUCUAAGGCUCAUGAAUUUUUAUCUUCUGACAAACUUAAAACCUUUUGCAAUAGCGCUGGUCUCGUUACAUUUGGCGGAGCUGCUGUGCUCGGCAACUGGAAACUCGUUAAUAGUUCGAUCGACAGAUCGUUAGUCCCAAUCAAUUCAAAACUAGAUCAUAUUGUAAAUCAAAACAUUGAACUAAUUAAAGAGGUCCAUUUCAUUAAAGGCCGCCUUAAUAAUCUUACUGAGAAAGACUGUGAUAAACAAGGUUGA